GAUGACGUUGCACGCUGGGUGGGAACUGACGACACCUGUGCUCAUCGCUGCUUCCGGUCCGCGUGGGGUGCUUUCUCGUUCUGGUGGCGGGCUUAGGGUCGGCGUUGGGGCGCGGUGCGGCUCAUAUUUUCACAAGUGGGUCUCCGUUGUCCGGGACUAUGGCCACCGACUCGUGGGCCCUGGCGGUGGAUGAACAGGAAGCGGCUGUAAAGUCGAUGACCAAUUUGCAGAUCAAGGAAGAGAAAGUCAAAGCAGAUACCAAUGGUAUUAUCAAAACCAGUACCACUGCCGAGAAAACAGAUGAAGAGGAGAAAGAGGACAGAGCUGCCCAGUCCUUACUCAACAAGCUGAUCAGAAGCAACCUUGUCGAUAACACAAAUCAAGUGGAAGUCCUCCAGCGGGAUCCAAACUCCCCCCUGUACUCAGUGAAGUCUUUCGAAGAGCUUCGACUGAAACCACAGCUGCUCCAGGGAGUCUAUGCUAUGGGCUUCAACCGACCAUCCAAGAUACAAGAGAACGCAUUACCCAUGAUGCUUGCUGAACCCCCACAGAACCUGAUUGCCCAAUCUCAGUCUGGCACUGGUAAAACAGCUGCCUUUGUCCUGGCCAUGCUCAGCCGAGUGGAGCCAGCAGACAGACACCCCCAGUGUCUGUGCCUCUCCCCAACAUACGAGCUGGCGCUUCAAACAGGAAACGUGAUUGAGCAGAUGGGCAAAUUUUACCCAGAGCUGAAGCUUGCCUAUGCCGUUCGAGGCAAUAAAUUGGAAAGAGGCCAGAAGAUCAGUGAGCAGAUUGUCAUUGGCACCCCUGGGACCGUGCUGGACUGGUGCUCCAAGCUCAAGUUCAUUGAUCCCAAGAAAAUCAAGGUGUUUGUUCUGGAUGAGGCUGACGUCAUGAUAGCCACUCAGGGCCACCAGGAUCAGAGCAUCCGCAUCCAGAGGAUGCUGCCCAGGAACUGCCAGAUGCUGCUUUUCUCCGCCACCUUUGAAGACUCUGUGUGGAAGUUUGCCCAGAAAGUGGUCCCAGACCCAAACGUUAUCAAACUGAAGCGUGAGGAAGAGACCCUGGACACCAUCAAACAGUACUAUGUCCUGUGCAGCAGCAGAGACGAGAAGUUCCAGGCCCUGUGUAACCUCUACGGGGCCAUCACCAUUGCUCAAGCCAUGAUCUUCUGCCAUACUCGAAAAACAGCUAGCUGGCUGGCAGCAGAGCUCUCAAAAGAAGGCCACCAGGUGGCUCUGCUGAGUGGGGAGAUGAUGGUGGAGCAGAGGGCUGCGGUGAUUGAGCGCUUCCGAGAGGGCAAAGAGAAGGUUCUGGUGACCACCAACGUGUGUGCCCGCGGGAUCGACGUUGAACAAGUGUCCGUCGUUAUCAACUUUGAUCUUCCCGUGGACAAGGAUGGGAACCCUGACAACGAGACAUACCUACACCGGAUCGGGCGCACGGGCCGCUUUGGCAAGAGGGGCCUGGCAGUGAACAUGGUGGACAGCAAGCACAGCAUGAACAUUCUGAACAGAAUCCAGGAGCAUUUUAAUAAGAAGAUAGAAAGAUUGGACACGGAUGAUUUGGACGAGAUCGAGAAAAUAGCCAACUGAGAAGCUCCACCAGCCACUGGUGCCAGCCCUGGCACUGCCCCAGCAUGGGAGACAAGUGUGUUCAGGGCACAGGCCCCGACAUCACCCCAAGGAUAGCGGCACGAGGAGAGAGAAACUACCUACCUCACUUCAAAUUAUAUUUGGACUUGACAAAAAUGUGUGCAAAUGAUGGGGGGCAAUAGAAGGAAAAUUUUGCAUUUUGGAAAAUUGGGUCCUUUCACCACUUUUUUAAAGCCGCAUUUCCCCCAUCUUUAUAGUAAUCUGGUCACAUUGGCAUUCACUGGCCCCAGGACCCCCUCCUGAUUUUGCCUAGGCAUUGUGAAACCAGCUGCAGCCCCUGAAGAAAUGGUAGACAUGGAGGUUAUGUGGAGGAGGCCCUGCGGGACAUGGUGUGAACCCUGCCACCAUGGAUGGAACGAGGGAAGCGGGAGCAGAGAGGUCAGAGCUGUCCCCCAUCUGUCUCUUCACUGGACCCUUCACAAGUGUUUCUCCUGCUCUUGGGGCCGUCUUCCUUAUCCUGAAACCCAGAGACUUCCUUGGUCAUCCCUUCUCCUUUUCACCUCUGUUCUCCACAGCAGAAAGUAGUCUUCUGUCUCCCUGAUGAGCAGCUCAGCUACUUUUGUAAACUUCAGAUUUGGGGAGAAACACGGAAGUCAGUGAAUCCUGACCCCUCGAGAGAGAGUGAUCUGGCAAGGGCUGAUGAAGGGGCUGGUCCUGGGCCUGCCUUCUCCUCUCAGAUGCUCCCUCUGCUUAGGCCCCUGGUACUCAGUGGUGGCAGCCAGGAGACUCCAGGUGAGUUUCUGAGCACACAUGUAGUUAGUUCUUACCCCUGGGGUGUCACACUGGGCCUGGAGCUGAGUAAGAGUUUGGAAUAGAAAUUAUGACCAAGGGAAAACUCUGAUUAUGCUGUUUAUCCAUUAUAGUGGACCUUAUGGGGUACUUUGAUUCCUACAUCAUAUGAAUAAGGAUGGAUUGGCCGGGCGCAGUGGCUCACACCUGUAAUCCCAGCACUUUGAGAGGCAGAGGUGGGUGGAUCGGUUGAGCUCAGGAGUUCAGGACUGGCUCAGGAGUUCAAGAUCCGCCCGGCCAAAUGAUGAAACCCCAUCUGUAAUAAAAAUAGAAAAAACUUAACCGGGUGUGGUAGCACGCACCUGUAGUCCCAGCUACUGGGGAGGCUGAGGCAGGAGGAUCGCUUAAGCCUGGGUUGAGGCUGCCGUGAGCUGAAAUGGCGCCACUGCACUCCAGCAUGGGUAAGAGCGAGACCCUGAUACAAAAAAAUAAAUAAGGAUGGAUAAAUUAUAGCUGUAUGCAUCAUUCAUUAUGCUAAGUAAGACAUUUUAAAAUAAGUAUGAGAAAUGCUUUACUAAUCAUGAUUUGUUUUUAUUUGUAUUUUUCCGCUUAUUAGACAAAUACAUACUCAUUUUAAAAACGCGUGUGUGUAUAAAGUAAGAGUGCGCUCUAUCCCUACUCCUCUGGGAUCCUGAUUCCUGGCAGCUUGGUGAAUGUUCUAUCAUAUUGCCUUUUAUUUGCAUAAACUAACCCAUUUUUCUUUU